CCAAACGCAGCGCAUUCACCUAGGUCACAGUAAAAUUAGGUUGACGGUUUGUGCGUGUUUAUUUAUUAUGCGUUGAUUAAUUUGAAGCUCAAUAUGCAUUUAGAAUUUCUCUCCAAUCGCGUGUAUCCUAAUUCGGGAGGUUAUACAAACUUUCAGUGUAGCAGGUUACAUAAAAAAAGCAACCAGUGAUUGGACGAAGUCAAUUCUCGGUCUGUUUUUAUCGACCAAUUCAUUCAUUAAUUUUAUUUAAAAAAAAUUCACACAUAGAUGUUAUAGACUUCACUGAUAUGGAUGUUCGUUUGGAAAACCACUUGGAUUAUUUUAUCCACGACAAUACUGCUGCUGCGGUGUUGAGUCCAGAAAUGCUGUCAGUUGCACGGGAAGCCUUCGGUGCUGGGGACUUCAACCUCCUUGCUGACAUCUAUAGCUCCCAGCUGGCGGAUCUCCGACACCCGGACCGGAGCCUCUGCCUCCUGAAAGCGGACGCUCUCAGCCGGGCAGGGCGGAUAGCGGACGCUCUGGAUUCAUACUGCACCGCCGCCAACUUGGACAGGUUACGACCAAACGAACUAGGGUCUCUCGUGGACUGUAUUGCGCACACUCUGCGCGUAAAAGAAUGCCUAAAAGAAUGCACAGACUCCGAUGGGGUUUCCGAUGAUGAGCAUUCGUUGGACCUGUUCUCAUGUCGGCUUUGCAAGUGCUUGUUAAUCGAGCCAACAACUUUGGAAUGCGGCCAUACAUUCUGUAAACCAUGCAUUGAGGAUGACGGUAUCAAAGAAUGUGAAUUAUGUCGUUACAAACUGAACGAAACAAGUAGAGAAUUAAAACCAAUCUGUUUUAAAGUGAAUAUAAUACUCAGUGGCCUGUUGGGUAAAUGGUUUUGCGCAGAGAGUGAAGCAAGAAGAUGCUGGCUUGAAGGGGAUAGAAUGCGGAACGAACGCGGCUUUAUCAACGCUCUUGAAAAAUACAACAACGCUCUUGAAAAAGCCCCUUCUAUGUGUAGGCUGCUGGGCCGACGGGCAGAGCUACACAUGGAGAUGAGCAACUUCAGACAGGCCGUACAGGAUGGAGAAGCUAUGUGUCGACUAACGCCCCUCUCUCCCAAGGCUCACUACGUGAAGGCCCUGGCUCUGAACAAAGCCGGCUAUAAUGAAGAGGCCCUGCAAGAAUACUUCUACUGUCUGGCUUUGAAGCCAGACUGGACGUCAGUCAAGCUGGAAACGCAGAAGAUGCUGAGUGAGAUGUUCUCCAUGUUUACUACAGACGGUCUCUCCACGUCAUCACUCCGCCACCACCAAACAGGCCCCGCCUCCCACCUCAAACCGGCCUCCCUUCUCCUCGGCUCCCUCCAUUCUACCCCUCGUAGAUGGAGCCAAACCCCUAUUGGCCGUAGAGACAGUUUGUCUGACACUGGAGCAGAGACCAAGUCCUCAUGUGAGGACUCCAAGACCCUGGCUUCUGUCGUGGCUGCCUUACCUCUCCCCCCUGGGCUAAAGAGGAAGUUCUCAGACGAGCCCCAAGGCUCUGCACCCCCCAACAAGCUGCCCAGAAAAGUCUUGUGUUCAGAUGAGUCAAGCUCAUCCCAGAUGCCUGCUGCUUGUUGCAGUGAGAGGAGAGAGGUGCCCUCUCAGCUCCUGGAUAGCGCUGACAUGGACUGCUCUGUUUGUAUGAGGCUGUUCUACGAGCCAGUCACCACCCCCUGUGGACACACAUUCUGCAUGAAGUGUCUUGAGCGCUGUCUGGACCACAACCCCAACUGCCCCCUGUGUAAAGAGAACAUUACAGAGUACCUGGCCACAAGAGGGUACCAUAAGACCCUGCUGAUGGAGGAGGUGCUGCAGCGCUACCUGUCUGAGGAGCUGGCUGAGAGGAGCAAGGUGCACCAGGAAGAAAUGGCAGAGCUGUCAAACUUGACCCAGGAAGUGCCCAUCUUCAUCUGCACCAUGGCAUUUCCCACAAUCCCCUGCCCCCUGCAAGUCUUCGAGCCGUGUUAUAGGCUGAUGAUCCGACGCACUAUGGAGACGGGAACCAAGCAGUUUGGAAUGUGCAUUGCUGACGACAUCAAAGGCUUCGCAGACUACGGCUGCAUGUUGGAGGUGAAAGACGUGAAGUUCCAACCAGACGGGCGCUCGGUGGUCGACACGGUCGGAGUGUCCCGCUUCAGAGUGCUGAGCCACGGCCACCGUGACGGCUACAACACAGCCAAGAUAGAGCACCUGGAGGACCAGAAGGUGGAUGGAGAGGAGCUGGUGGAGCUGCAGAAGCUGCAUGACUGUGUGUACGAGCAGGCCAGCACCUGGUUCACCUCCCUCAAAGACAACAUGAAGAACCAGAUUGUCAGCCACUUUGGACAACUGCCCGAAAAAGACUGUGACCUACAGGGGAGUGCCAGUGGUCCUGCAUGGUGUUGGUGGCUGCUGGCUGUACUGCCCCUGGAGAAGAGAGCCCAGCUAAGCAUCCUGGCCAUGACCACUCUCCGAGAGCGCCUCAGCACCACCCGCCGGGUGCUCAGCCUUGUCACACGCAAACACCCGCCACCACGGCGACCAUCUUCAUCAUCAGCAGCAUCAUCACUGUAGUGGCCCCCCUGGAGGUGAUCAGUUUAGAAUCAUCUGGGCCCAGUUAGAUUUUGACAAUCUGGAUUUCGCCUAUCGGCUAGGAUAAAAUGCAUAUGAAUAGAACAGGAGUCCCCGUUGAAGUCAGUUAUUUUUCUGUUCUAUUAAUUAUAUUUCUAUGCAUUUUAAUCCUAUCCGAUAGACGAAAUCCAGAUAGAUCAUUUUUGGAAAACUGGGCCCUGGAGAAGAAGGGAGAAACUCAAUUUUCCUCAGCUCUAGCCUCAGAUAGUUUCAACAGUGGGGAUGAUUUACCAGUGUUGUUCAUGAUCUCAGGAAUGGUUUCUACUUGAGUCUUACAAAAAGGAUCGAUGGACUAGCCCCACCCAGCCAAAACACAUAAAUGGGUGUCAGGUUUGCGCACAUAUCUUUGGGUCAAUUCCAUUAAGUCCUGUUUCGUCAUGUUUAUGUGUGGUACAUUAGGUUUAUCUUGUUUUAUUGUUGACCUGUGUACAAAUGAGGCCUUCAAUUAUUUUUGCAAUAUGUUUUUUUCUACCAUUCGUCAUGUGAAGCCAAUUUUCAUGUACAGAAAUGUAGCAUUUUUCUAUGGGACAUAAUUAAUAGAAUAAUGCACACCAUCCCUUACUGGAACAACAUGUUCUAGUGUAUAUUGGUAAUCGUGGCAGGAGGGAGCGCUUGAUGCGAGCAAGAGAAAAAUAGCAGCACAAGACAUUGUAGUAGCACCAAAGAUCCACAGGGUGGCAGUAAAUGUGUGAGCUAAGAGGAUCGAUGCAGACAAUCCUACAUUUGAACAGAUGUUCUUUUGCGGUGGACAGAUCCUCUGUCAUAAAAACAAUGGACAGUAGGACAACACCCCUGUCAUUCAACAGCCUAGUUUGAGUUUAGUUAAAUGAUUCAAAGCUCAAUUUAAAUAUAGUACGCCUAACUCAUGUCUUUAAGUGGCUUCAUAGCUAGUCAACCAUCUUGAUUAAUUAACCAAUGAUUUUUCAACUCGCUCAAUUCCCCAGAUGCACAUCGGAACUAAUGUUUUCAGCCUCUCCAUGUUGUUUUCCCAGCAACACUGCUGUGUUCUCCUGGUCUAGCCAGACUGCUCACAGGAGCUGAAGUUGGUUUUAAAAACGGUGUCUUUGUCCCGGGUUGAAGUCCCUUAAGGGAAUGUUUAUCUUUGGCUGCUGUACAGCAGGGCUGUCAAACUCAUUCCACAGAGGGCUGAGUGUCUAAGGGUUUUUGUUUUUUCCUUUCAAUUAAGACCUAGACAACCAGGUGAGGGGAGUUCUUUACUAAUUAGUGACCUUAAAUCAUCAGUCAAGUACAAGGGUGGAGCGAAAAGCUGCAGACACUCAGCACUCUGUGGAAGGAGUUUGACGUGCUGUACAGUAAUAAUGAGGCCAAGUGGUGUUUCUUUCCACUGUGCUGUUUUGAGGCAUGCAGGCACUCACCUUCAUAGUUAUCUACAUGAGUCUAUUCCAAAAUCACACAGUGGGUCUCUCUCCCCCCACAAACAGAGGUUGUCAAGAGGCCUGGGCAAAGGCACAAAAUAUGCCAUUUUGCAAAUUGUAAGGACGGGUGUACUCUGUGUGGGCACCACAUUAAAAGCGUCUGUGACUUAACGUAUCUCUCACUCACACAGUCAGAUCUAGGAGAUGCAGUCAGGUGAGUAAUUUGGGUUACUAUGAAGUCAGAACCGGAAAUGACACAUAUUUGUAGACAAUGAGUCACCUCCGUGCUCUGUCAUCACCUGAUCUGGAUUCUCCCCCAAUUGAUUCAUUAGCCAAACCCUCUUGAUAAACACACGCCUUCAUUCUCCCAGACCAGUGGAGGCUGCUGAGUGGAGGACAGCUCAUAAUAAUGGCUGGAAGGGCACCAAUGGAAUGGCUUCAAACCAUGUGUUUGAUGUAUUUGAUACCGUUCCACUGUUUCCGUUCUAGCCAUUACCACGAGCCCGUCCUCCCCAGUUAAGGUGCUGCCAACCUGUAUCACAGACCCAUUUGCAGAAAUUGCUCACUACAUUUUUUGGUUACAGGAAUGUGAAAAUUGCAUUUUAUUGCAUUCAAUUAAUCGUAACUUAUACCUUUUAAAUGUAUGAUUUUGUUACUUGUGUGUUAAUUGUCAAUUUGAGUGUGUUGGCCACGCCUACUAAUUGGCCAAACCUGAUCUUAAUUGGUUUGUGUCUUGAAAGGGGGUCUGUUUGAAUAGUGUGAAAAUAAUGCUUCGCAGAGGUAGACAUGCUAUAUUCUCUGCAGGAAAGAUUUUUGUUGUUUUAAUAACCCUUUAGCAUGGUCUCUUGAACCAUUUGUUUUAUAGCCUAAUAAAUAUUUAUUGAAUUCUGA